AUGAGCGGCCAGCUCCUGUUCCUGGCUGUGCUUCCCCUGCUCCUGGGUCCCCUGCCUGCCAUGGCACAGAAGAGGAACCAAGCCGUGUGCGAGGAUGUGCUGGAGGCUGACAUCGCCUUCCUGGUGGAUGGCUCAUCCAGCAUCGGCAGGAACAACUUCCGCACUGUCCGCACCUUCAUGGAUGACCUGGUGGGGCCCUUUGUGCAGGUGGUGGGUGAGAAGGCAGUGCGCUUUGCCGUGGCACAGUACAGUGACGACCCACGGGUGGAGUUCACCUUCUCCCAGCACACUGAUGGCACAAGUGUCCGGAGGGCCAUCCAGCAGCUGAGCUACAAGGGCGGCAACACGCGGACUGGUGCUGGCUUUCGCUACGUUGCUGACAACUUCUUUGGCCCCGCACAGCUCCGGCCCGGGGUCCCCCAGAUCUGCAUCCUCAUCACAGAUGGCAAGUCCCAGGAUGAUGCCGAGGGGCCGGCAGCAAAGCUGAAGAGCCAGGGGAUCAAGAUCUUUGCCGUGGGGGUUAAGAACGCUGACCACAAGGAGCUAAUUCGUGUGGCCUCAACACCUACCGAGGCCUUCUUCUUCUACGUUGGUGACUUCAAGCUGCUGAACACGCUGGUGCCACUGAUGACACGCAGGGUGUGCACGAGUGUCGGGGGCACUCUGCGUCUGUUGGAUGGGCAAACCCACACUGGCCCCUCCAACCUGGAGAUCCUGGAGCGGGGCUUUGACCAGCUGCGGAUCCGCUGGACGGCAGCCAGCGGUCCCGUCACUGGCUACCGGGUGCAACACGUGCCACUGACAGGGCUGGGACAGCCGAUCAUGGCAGAGAGGCAGGAGGUGAGUCUGGGGCCACGGGAGACGAGCACUGUGCUGCGGGGACUGCGCGUGGGGACGGAGUACCUGGUCACUGUCACCGCCCAGUAUGCCAACAGCAUCGGCGAGUCAGUGUCCAGCCGAGCACGGACCCGUGAGUUGGGUGUGCAGCACUUGGCUGUCCACAACAUCUCAGCACAGAGCAUGCUGCUGGCCUGGCAGCCUGUCAGUGGUGCCACCGGCUACCGGCUCUCCUGGGCAACCCUCGCAGGGCAGGACAAGCACAGGGUGGACCUGGAUGCUGGUCGAACGUCACACGCUCUGGUGGGGCUGCAGCCCAACACCGACUAUGUGGUGACAGUGGCCCCACUCUUCAGGGAACUGGAGGGGCCCACAGCCACUGUGCGGCAGAGGACAGAGGCAGGUACAGACCAGACGCUGCAGACCAACAUCCUGGGUCCCACAUCCAUCCAGGUGCUCUGGACCAGUGCCCGUGAUGCCCGUGGCUACCGUCUAGAGUGGAAGAGAGCCACAGGACCAGAGCCCCCCAGAACAGUGUCUCUCCCCAGCAGCACCAAUACUUACCAGCUGACUGGGCUGAAGCCAGGCACCGAGUACCGCAUCACCCUCUACACGCUCUAUGAUGGUGGGGAGGUGGCCACCCCCGUCACCACCUUCCAGACAGGUGUGGAGGGGCCCGUGGGCGCUGUGUCAGACCUGCGGCUUGUUGAGGAAUCGGGCAGGUGGGUGCGGCUGAGCUGGACCAACGUCCCUGGUGCCACCGAGUACAAAGUGGUGGUGCGCAACAACCAGGAUGGCACGGAGAGGACGAGGCGCAUCCCAGGCAGCCAGACGGGGCUGGAGCUGGGUGACCUCCGGGAGGGCAUCACCUACCUGGUGCGUGUCUCGGCGCUGGCAGGCAGCCGGGAGGGCAGUGCUGCCACGCUCCCCGUCCGCCUCAGUGACGCUGUGGUGCCAUGGGGGGGUGCAGAGUACCCAGCUGUGGGCAGCAUCUCGGAGCUGCGGGUGACAGAGGCCGGUCCCAGCCAGCUGCGGGUCACCUGGCGAGGGCUACCAGGCGCUGGGGGCUACCUGCUGACGUGGCGAGGCAGUGACGGUCUGAAGCAAUCCCGCUUCCUCCCUGCUGACCCCACCACCUUCACCAUUGAGGGGCUGCGUGCUGGCAUCGUCUACACAGUCAGUGUCUCGGCCAUCAUGGAUGGCCGCGAGGGCAGCCCUGUCACUGCCACGGGACGGAUAGCACCUGAGCAGGUGGGGACAGUGACCCAGCUGGAGGUCCAGGCAUCCAGGAGCAACGUUGCCCGUGUCACCUGGGUCGGUGUGCCAGGAGCCACUGCCUACCGCGUGGUGUGGAGCCGUAGGGAUGGGGGCUCGGAGAAUAGCCAGCGAGUUCCUGGACACACCAACUCCUUUGACAUCCCCGACCUGGAGGGAGGUGUCUCCUACACUGUGAAGGUGACGGCACUCAUUGGCAACCGAGAGGGCAACCCCGUCUCCAUUGUCGUCACCACCCCGGAGGCAGUCCCACUGACCCCUGUCAGUGGCUUCCAGGGGCGGACACUGCCCAGCGCUGCCAGCUCCCAGCAGGUCUCCGGGCUGCGCCUGGGCCAGCGCUACACCUUCACCCUCCGCCCGCUCCUGGGGAGUGCACCAGGCACCGAGACAUCUGUCAGCGAGCGCACAGUCUGCGGGGAUGCCCACGGUGAUGUUGUCUUUCUGGUGCAUGGCACCCGUGACAGCUCCUCGGGUGCCGACGCUGUCCGCACCCUUCUCUCCAACACCGUGUCUGCCCUGGGGCGCCUGGGCCCUGAGGGCACCCAGGUGGCUCUGGCCACAUACAGCUACCGCAGCCUGCCCUGGCUGCUCCUCAACCGCUCCAGUGACCUGCCCGCCGUGCUGGAACAGAUCCGCACCAUGCGCUAUGAGGAGCCCAGUGGCAAUGCCAUCGGGGCAGCUAUCACCUUUGCCAGGACCUACCUGCUGAGCCCUGGUGCAGGGCGCCGGCCCAGGGUGCCAGCAGUGCUGGUGGUCUUGGCUGAUGGCCCCUCUGGGGACGAUGCCAUCGCUGCAGCCAGGGAUGUCAAGGCUGGGGGGGUGCAGGUGCUGGCAGUGGGCUUGGAGGGGGCAGACCGGGAGCAGCUCCGGCGCAUGGUCACCAGCGAGGACCCGCGGUACAUCUACCAUGGUGACAACCUGGCAGAGCUGGAGGGAGAGCUCACCGAUGACCUCUGCACCAUCAUCUCCACCAGGCCAGAGCCAAAGCCGAAGCCCUGCACUAUGCAGUGCCCCAAGGGCGAGAAGGGAGACCGUGGCGAGGCAGGACAACAAGGACGGGUGGGACCACCAGGCCCCCCUGGCCAGCCGGGUCGCCAUGGGCUGCCUGGCCCUUCAGGACCCCCAGGGCCACGGGGUCCACCAGGAGAGAGCAUCGAGCGUCCAGGCAAGAAGGGGGACAGGGGAUUCCCUGGAGCUGAUGGAACACCAGGAAGCCCUGGACGCCCAGGGAAUCCUGGAUCACCUGGGCAGCCGGGCAACCCCGGCCCCCCUGGGAUCCCCGGCCCACGGGGGCCCCUUGGUGAUCCAGGCCCCCCUGGUCCACUUGGACCCAUGGGGCCACCAGGACCUCCAGGAGAGUUUGUAAAGGGAGAAAAGGGUGACCGAGGGGAAAGGGGCCCCCCUGGACUUGUGGAUGGGGCAGCACCUCGAGGGGAGCCUGGAUCCCCGGGCCUGCCUGGGGACCCUGGGCCCCGGGGACCUGCCGGGCCCCCCGGCCUGAAGGGAGAGAAGGGUGAUAGCACAGAAGGUUUCCCAGGGUCACCUGGCCGCCCCGGGGACCCAGGAGAUCGGGGCCCUCGGGGACCACCAGGGGAGCAGGGCAGGAAGGGAGACCGUGGGGCGCCAGGAGAGCUGGGAGAGACGGGAGAGAAGGGGGACCGUGGUGUGCCGGGCCCUGAGGGUGAGAAGGGUGACAGAGGAUUCCCAGGACCAGAAGGACCUCCUGGCCCCAAGGGCGAUACAGGAGAUAAAGGUGCCCGUGGUGCCCCUGGCCUGAGCAUCCCGGGACCAGCCGGUCCCAAAGGCGAGCAGGGCGAUCGGGGUAUCGUUGGCCUCACAGGCAGGAGUGGCCCGAAGGGCGACCCGGGGGAGCCAGGGGAGAAGGGGGAGCCGGGCCGAGCGGGCACCCCGGGGCAGACUGGGAUGCGAGGCAAGGAGGGAGAACCAGGAGAGAAGGGUGACGAAGGCACCCCGGGUGAAACUGGUCCACCUGGCAAACCUGGAGACAGGGGUCCCCGGGGCCUCCCUGGCUACCGUGGCCUCCCUGGGGAGAAGGGUGACCCAGGGGACCCAGGUCCUGAAGGCAGGAACGGUAGCCCUGGAGCACCAGGGAACAAGGGUGACCGUGGAGAGCCGGGACCUACUGGACCCCCAGGACGAACUGUCGACGUGGGGCUUGGAGGAGUGGGGGAAAAGGGUGAGAAGGGGGACCCUGGGGACCCUGGUGAGGAUGGCGCGAAGGGCGCCCGCGGCGAUUCCGGCUCCCCUGGCCUGCCUGGAGAGAGGGGUGUGGAGGGCCCCCGUGGCUCCCCUGGCGCACGGGGUGACCCUGGGGACCGAGGCCUUCCAGGAGAGAAGGGAGACCGUGGCCCACCAGGUCUGGAUGGCCGCAAUGGGCUGGAAGGCAAGCCUGGGCCACCGGGCCCUGCCGGGCUGCGGGGGGACCCGGGGAAGCAGGGGGACCCUGGCCGAGAUGGGCUACCUGGGCUGCGUGGGGAGCAGGGACAGCCUGGCCCCGUGGGCCCACUGGGACCACCUGGCAUCCCUGGCAAACCUGGUGAGGAUGGCAAACCCGGCCUCAAUGGCAAGAACGGAGAAGAUGGAACGCCAGGAGAGGAUGGGAGAAAGGGAGACAAAGGUGAUACAGGACCACCUGGCAGAGAGGGCCGCAGCGGUGCCAAGGGCGAGCCGGGGGACAGAGGUGUGCCAGGCCCUCUCGGCCCCCCUGGCCUUCCCGGUGUCCCAGGGCAGGUCGGCCCCCCAGGCCAGGGCUCCCCAGGGCUCCGUGGGGUGGCUGGACCAAAGGGGGACCCAGGGGAGCCUGGGCUGCAAGGAGAGCCGGGGCGACCUGGCAGCCCUGGAGUACGUGGAGACCCUGGGACUGCAGUGAAUGUCGAACGUAGCCUGGAAGCGCUUGGCAUCAAGAUUUCAUCCCUGAAGGAGCUCACGGGUGCCUAUGAUGGGAGCUCGGAUUCACUUCUGCCCGUGUCGGAGCGACUGCGGGGCCAGAAGGGCAGUCGGGGGGAUCCAGGAGAGAGGGGGCCCCCAGGCCGAGAGGGCUCCUUAGGCUUCCCUGGUGAACGAGGACCCAAAGGUGACAAAGGGGACCCAGGCACCCCUGGCCCCCAAGGCCCCAUGGGCCGGGCCGUGGGUGAACGGGGUCCUGAGGGCCUGCCCGGGCAGGCUGGGGAGCCUGGCAAGCCAGGCAUUCCCGGGGUGCCAGGCCGGGCUGGGGAGCUGGGGGAACCCGGGCGGCCCGGUGAGAAGGGCGACCGGGGCGAGAAGGGCGACCGAGGUGAGCAGGGCAGGGAUGGCUUGCCUGGACCCCAAGGACCCCCAGGACCCAAGGUAGAUGUGGUGGAGGGCAGCCUGAUGGGCUUUCCUGGCGAGCGUGGCCCCGUUGGACCCAAGGGAGCGAAGGGUGAGCCUGGAGUCGAGGGCGAGCGGGGACCCAAAGGAGAUAAGGGUGAAGGUGGCUUGCGGGGUGACCGAGGGGAGCCUGGUGAGAAGGGCAGGGAUGGUGCCCCAGGUCUUCCUGGUGAGAGAGGGCUGGCUGGCCCCGAGGGGAAGCCGGGUUUGCCAGGCUUCCCUGGCGUGCUGGGACGCCCGGGCAACCAGGGAGACCCAGGACCCCCAGGACCUCCGGGCAGCACUGGCCCACCAGGGACCCAGGGCCCAGCUGGGACCAAGGGCUUGCCAGGUCCCCAGGGCAGCAUGGGGCUGCCAGGGCCCCCUGGCCCCCCUGGCCCAGGGGGCCCACCAGGUGUCCCUGGACAACCGGGACAAGUGGGGGAGAGUGGGAAGCCUGGUGUGCCAGGCAGGGAUGGCGUGCCAGGGAAGGACGGCGAGGCAGGGAUGCCUGGGAAGAUGGCCAUCGCUGGCGCCCCUCGGCCCCCCGGCCCCAAAGGCGAGAAGGGAGAGCCAGUGCUGCUGGAGGGUGUGCUGGGAGAGCCUGGCUCCAAGGGUGACAGAGGCUUGCCAGGCCCCAAGGGCGAGAAGGGGGAGCCAGGAAGAUUCGGGGAGCCAGGAGAUCCUGGGGAAGAUGGAGCCAAGGGGUCUUCCGGAGCCAAAGGGGAGAAGGGAUCACCAGGUGUCGGUGCACGGGGACCGCCAGGACAGGAUGGGCCUCCAGGUUUGAAGGGGGACACUGGCUUGCCAGGAUUACCAGGACCCCCAGGCUUAGCAGGCAUUGCUGGGACGCCAGGACAGCCAGGCCUGAGAGGGGACAAUGGGCAGCCUGGCCCUCCGGGUCCCCCAGGAGAGAGGGGUUUGAUCGGCUUUCCAGGCAGAGAUGGCACUGCUGGACCACCAGGACCUGUGGGGCCCCCAGGGCCUGCUGGCAUACAAGGGGCCCCUGGCCUGAAGGGUGACAAGGGCGCUCCAGGGGCUGGGCUGCCAGGAGCCAGAGGCGAGCGUGGAGACCCAGGGCCACGGGGUGAAGAUGGGCGUCCAGGGCCAGAAGGGGAUCGUGGGCCAGUGGGCUUGCCUGGGAACCGAGGGGAGCGUGGGGACAAGGGGGACCUUGGGGCCCCAGGACCUAAAGGAGACAAGGGCGAUACUGUGGUGGUGGAGGGGCCGCCUGGAGCACGGGGCAGCAAAGGGGAGCCGGGAGACCGAGGCCUGAAGGGCACAGAAGGGGACAAGGGGGACAAGGGGGAGCAAGGCAUGCCUGGAGAGAAGGGGAUAAGGGGUGAGCAAGGCGAGAAGGGCUCCACGGGCUUUCCUGGGGCACACGGCCCUGGUGGGCAGAAGGGAGAGGUUGGAGCCUUGGGAGAGCCCGGUGAGCCGGGUCAGCCUGGCCGUGAUGGGAUCCCUGGAGCUCGGGGAGAGAAGGGGGACAUGGGACCCGUGGGCAUGCGUGGCCUCAAGGGCGAACGGGGCAUGAAAGGUGCCUGUGGCCUCAAUGGGGAGAAGGGUGAGAAGGGGGAUCCGGGGAUCCCGGGGCGCUCAGGGCUGUCAGGGAGGAAAGGUGAGCCGGGAGAGCUGGGUCUGUCGGGACCACCGGGCAUCCCCGGGAAGGAAGGGCUCAUGGGACCCAAGGGUGACCGGGGAUUUGACGGGCAGCAGGGUGCUAAAGGAGAUCAGGGGGAGAAAGGAGACCGGGGCGCCCCUGGCAUUAUUGGUGGCCCCGGUCCCCGGGGUAAUGAUGGUGCUCCUGGCCCCCCUGGCCCCCCAGGGAACAUUGGCCCACGAGGUCCUGAGGGCAUGCAGGGCCAGAAGGGGGAGAGAGGCCCCCCUGGACAGUCAGUGCCGGGUGCACGUGGUGUUCCUGGCAUCCCCGGUGAGAGAGGAGAGCAGGGCAGUCCUGGCACCCGUGGGCUCCGUGGGGAGAAGGGGGAGCCGGGCUUGACGGAGGACGAGAUCCGUGCCUUCGUCAGGCAGGAGAUGAGCCAGCACUGUGCCUGCGGCGGCCACUUCCCACGGCACCUGGAUUCACGUGAGCACUCAGGAGGCUGGGGGGCUCAGGCCAGGAGCAGCUUCCGCUCUGCCCAGGGAGGAGGAAGAAUCGUUCGCCAGGAGAGGGAGCAUGGCCAAACAGAGUCCGCCGGCAGCACUCACACAGUCCCUGUGCUCAAGUUGUCACACACUGAAGAGGAGGAGGGGCAGGACAGGGAGAUCAAUCUCGACACCGAUGACCUCGAGUACGACAGCAUGUAUGGGGAGGAGGAGGACUACGAUGAGGCCCCGGAGAUGGACAGCUUGGAGCAACCUGCGAUGGAUGCUGAGCCCUGCAGCCUGCCGCUGGAUGAGGGGCACUGCCAGCACUACACCCUGCACUGGUACUACAACCAAAGAGUCACUGAGUGCCGGCCCUUUGUCUACAGCGGCUGCCAGGGCAACCUCAACCGCUUCGACAGCAAGGAGGAGUGUGAGCUGCACUGCAGGCAGCGCCCACGGGCAGGUGCCCGUGAUGUUGCCGGUGGCAAGACGGGAGGGCAGCCAAAGGUGUAGGUGUGGGCAGUGUCCCGGCAGGCAGGGCUGCCUGGAGGUGGGGCCCGGCUGCCAUCCCAGCUGGGGCUGGGCUGCCCGUGGUGGUGGUGGCCACGUACCCACCAGCCCCUGGCAGGAACCUGGUGCUAUUUCUAACGUGUCUUUAUGCUGCUCAUGGGUUUUUCAUUUCACACCACUUUUAUUGUUGUUAAGGUGAAAUUUAUAUCAAAUGGGAAACCACCUCCCACCAAGGCUCUGAACCCCCACGGAGGUUUCCUGGGCUGUUCCAGUUUGAUUUUUAAAUUAUUUGCUACCAACAGGAUGGUUCUUAUCCCUGUCCCCCCUCUCUGGCAGCCCAGAAGGACUUGGAAGGGUUGGGCUCCCCUCCCCUCUCUGAUGGGAGAGCUGCCUGCAUCCCUGGGCCAGGCAGUACACCCCUGCAUAUCAUCUC